AUGGCCUCCCACCGCAUCGGCGCCCGCGUCGCGGGCCUCUCGCCAGAGCAGCUGUGCGCCAUCAUCGAGGCGCAGGCGGGUGCGAGCGACGCCGCGCUGCGCGUGGCGGAGGAGCACGCCGCUCGGCUCGUGGAGCAGCCCGAGUGGGUCCUCUCCGAGGUCCUCCUCUCGCCGGACCUCGCCCCGCACAUCCUCGCCCAGCUGCCGACCAAGGAGCACGCCGCCAAGGGGACGGCAGACGAUGUGGAGGCGGAGCAGACGCGCAGGGCGAGACGAGGGAGGGAGCAGGAUGUUGCUGAGAUCAGCAGGAGGAUGUACGACGAGAUUAGGAGCAGCAGGGACCCGAGGGACCAUGUGGACGAGGGAAGGCGCGAGACGCUCCGCCGACAAGCAGCAGAGGCGGCGGCGAAAGUAACGACGGCCAUGCUAACGACGGGCGGCACGGUGGAAGGGGCGAAGGUAGGCCCCUCUAGCAUAGCGGAAGGGGAACUCGGCCUACUGGCGACGAGGAGGCUAGAGAAAUUUGAGGUGUGUAGCAUCUACACUGGAGAGAUCUUCCGGACAGGAACGGCGCAGCCACCAGAGACAGUACCAGACGAACUAUCACGACACACGGCAGCAGGGGGGACGCAGCUGGAUGGAAGUGACGACGAGGGCGAGGACGACUUUGACAGCGUCGCGGCGCGCUGUAACUUCGAUUGGCCUGCAGCAUCGAAUGAGCCGAAACGAGGCACGAGGGCGACGCACUUCGUACGCUACGAGGAGAUACAAUUAGGCAAGGCAGCUGCGCAGGAGAUGGGAUACAGGGCGGGGACCAGGGCGGAUCCGAACGCAAUAACACCCCAGCAAGCGCGGACGGCAUUCGCGAGAUACUGCAAAAAGAUAGACGUGACGAAGGAGGAGCUAGCGUGGAACUUUGGAUGCAUAUCGGCAAGCCAAAAUAACGAGCAGGAGGCUGUCCUGGAUGAGGAUAUAAACUGGGACGACGCAGCGGAGGGGAUAGGCGAGGGAAUCGAGGGACCGGAGGGCUUUCGCGACAGCGACGAUGACGACGAAGAAAGGGGAGGGGACGGAGGGGCGACACGCAGGAGGAGCGAAAUCGCUAACGGCCCGAGCAGAGAGGGCGACGGCGGGGCACGAGGGAACAACGGAGACGCUACCGAUGACGCGAACCGAGGCACGGACGCCGGCGGGGACGGGGAGGGCGACAGUGACGUCGAGGUUGACGCAACCGUAUCGAGAGCGCCACCCAAAAAGGGGCGGACAGCCAUGGAGGUCACCGAAUGGAGGGCGAACGGCACGAUGCGAAAAGGCAGGGCGAGGCGGAUGGAGAAAGAAACCGCGAGCAGACAGCGCCUGCUGGCCAUUUCGAGACAUUCGCCAAGAACGCUAGCUACAUGGGAGGGCUUCGUGAAGGAUGGAUUGAAAAACAUUCGAACAAAGAAGAGGCGACGGGAGGAACCGGCGGAGGAUGCAGACGACCCCGGCUAG